GUUUAAAAGGCAGAGGCAGAGUUUAGCACUCAUGGUGCAGUUAGAAAUCUAAUCUAGCUUGUGUUGUUGAUUUUUAUCCUCGCCCCGUUUCAGGUUCUGUCAGAUGUGUAAAAGUUUACGUCAGGCACACAUUGUUAUGUGAAAACAAGUUCAGCAAUCGGCGGAUUGCUUUGCUCAGGAAGCUUGUUCGAGUGCAAUUGCAAGUUUGCAACGGGAACUGAAUUUUGCAUCACUCGAGAUCACCAACUCAGGUUUCUUGUAAUAAUCUUUAUCUUUUUACUACGGAGCCCAACUUCUUAGACAAGUUCACAGGAACUUCUACACUAUGGUAAAAUUUAGUCGCUCGAGAUCAAAAGACCUGAAGCUUCUUCAUGUGUAAGCAAUGGUCAAUUCAGUCAUCCUUGACCAGCUCAACUCCAGUGUUCUGUUGUGCAGUUCAGCACAAAGUCAUUUCAAUGGUCAGAUGUGUCUGGACAAUCCAAAAUCAUUUGUCUGUGUAAUAAUGCUAGCUCCAAAGGGGAGACGUUCUUUAUUUCUUUUCAAAAAGAGAAGUAUACAAAAGAAGUCCAGAGAGGAUAGCUGCCGGUCUGACUGGGUUGGCGCGCGCAUGAACCCAUCGUAGAGGCUCUUCAAAGCCGCUACAUCCUGCAGCAUCUAUAUAAGGGGAAGCACCAUAGGGUCCUGAUAAUCUAUCAAUUACAACAAGCUCGUCUGCCAAUUCACAAACCUAACCUAAAACCCCACUUCCUACGCAAGCCAGUCUCAGACAAGUGCUCCAAUGGCGUCCCAGCUGGUCGAGAGCCACCGCGCCGGGGCCGAUGUCAUCAAGGGGCGCGAAGUCUGCAAGAAGAAGUCUGUCGAGCUCCUUGAAGAGUUCGGCCUCCCGAAAGGCCUCUUUCCAAUGGACGACAUUGAGGAAAUCGGGUACAACCGCGAGAGCGGGUUCGUGUGGAUGCUUCAGAAGAAGAAGAACCAGCACACCUUCAAGAAGAUCCAGCAGACUGUCUCCUACGACACCGAGGUGACCGCUUUUGUGGAGAAGGGCAAGAUCAAGAAGGUCACCGGGGUCAAGGUCGAGGAGCUGUCUUUGGUCGAGGUCCAUGUGGAUAAGUCUUCUGCUGAUAAGGUCACCGUCAAGACUGACACCGGUCUGUCUGACAUCCAUGAUGCAGCCGCGUUCGCUCUCGGAGAAUAGGGAAGUAAGUAGAAAUGGCACGAAAUGAAGUCAGUGAAUGGUUCGACACUAUGGUUCGCAUGUUAAUGUUAUGCAGAAGUAUCUUUCCGUUUUCUUGUAAGCUCAAGGCUGCUGCGUGAAUGUUGUUCCCUUUCGGCUUGUAAG